AUGCGCGUUCUCGGCCUCCUAGGUGGAACAACCUACCACGCAACCCUCAUCUACUACAAACUCAUAAACGACCAUGUCCAGAAGACUCUUGGCGGUGGUCACUCCUCCAAACUAGUCCUCCAUUCCUUCGACUACGCCGACUUGGUCGCUACCUUCCAAGCAGGCGACUACGCCGAAGUGAGCAACCAACUCUGUACCGCUGCCAAGAACCUCAAGUCCAUCGGCGCAGAAGCCAUCGUUCUCUGCGUCAACACCAAUCAUCGCUGGGCAGAAGACAUCGAAGCCGCAACAGGUCUUCCACUGCUGCAUAUCAUUGAUUUCACAGGCGAAGCGAUCGUGAAAGCGGCACUGAAGAAAAUUGCGCUUUUGGGAACGAAGUUUGCUAUGGAGCAGGACUUUCUGAAGGGAAGACUGGAGAAGAAAUAUGGUGUUGAGGUCCUCGUUCCGGGGCAGGAGGAGACAAGGGUUCGAAUGAAUGAUAUCAUCUUCAAGGAAUUGUCGGUGGAUAAUGUCACGUUGGAGUCGAAGCAGUUUUACAUGGAUGCGGUCAAGGAGCUUUUUGCACGGGGUGCCGAAGGUGUUAUUCUGGGCUGUACAGAGCUACAGAUGAUUCUGAAGCCGGGAGAUGUUGAUGGGCCGCUUUUUGAUACGGUCGAGUUGCAUGCCAAGGGUGUUGCGAGGUGGCAGUUGGACAAUUAG